ACAAAGCUACCCCAGUCUGUGCUGCCAGUGCAGAACUUGACCAGAACCUAACAGAUUCUGUUUGCAGGGUAGCAAAGAGACUUUUUAUCGAAGAAAGUUAGCAUUGAAAUAGUGAUUCCUGACUUCAUAAUUUUUUUGAAAGUACCGGAGACAUGCCUGGUUGUUUCAGACAUGUCCUUAGUCCAUCUUCAGUCCAUUUUAGGCAUUCAGUAGAAGAAGGAUAUAAGUAGAUGAGUACAGGAAAAGCAAAAGGUUAUGACGCAUGAUUAUCACAGAAGAAAUUCAUGUCUAUAGCUCUUAAGGACUUUAUUACAUCACCUUCAAGCCUGAUAGUUUUGGAAUCCAUAUUGCAGCUGCAAAGACAGAUCUGCUUUUCAAUUUCAACAAACAUCUUCCCUGUCAGAAGAUACUGAAACAGAAGUGCUCUGUUUUAACACGGUGAUACCAUUGAAUUAUUUUAAGAUCUCCCAGUGAAAAAUUUACAGUAAUAUAUUUGCUAGCCAGACCAACACCAAAAUGAUUCCUAAUGGGUAUCUGAUGUUUGAAGAUGAAAACUUCAUCGAGUCAUCUGUUGCCAAACUAAAUGCCUUACGUAAAAGUGGUCAGUUCUGUGAUGUCCGUCUCCAGGUAUGUGGACAUGAGAUGUUGGCGCACCGAGCCGUGCUAGCUUGCUGCAGUCCCUACCUGUUUGAAAUCUUCAAUAGUGAUAGUGAUUCUCAUGGAAUUUCCCAUGUUAAAUUUGAUGAUCUCAAUCCAGAAGCUGUUGAAGUUCUAUUGAAUUAUGCCUAUACUGCUCAGUUAAAAGCUGAUAAAGAACUGGUGAAAGAUGUAUACUCUGCAGCAAAGAAGUUGAAGAUGGAGAGAGUUAAGCAGGUUUGUGGUGAUUACUUGCUCUCCAAGAUGGAUGUUCAGAGCUGUAUCUCUUACCGGAACUUUGCAAGUUGUAUGGGAGACGCGCGUUUGUUGAACAAGAUUGAUGGCUACAUUCAGGAACAUCUUUUACGGAUUUCAGAACAGGAAGAAUUUCUGAAACUUCCACGGUUAAAGCUUGAAGUAAUGCUGGAAGACAAUGUUGGCCUACCUAGCAAUGGCAAAUUGUACACAAAGGUAAUCAACUGGGUACAGCGCAGCAUCUGGGAGAAUGGAGACAGCCUGGAAGAUCUAAUGGAAGAGGUUCAAACGCUGUACUACUCAGCUGAUCACAAGCUGCUUGAUGGAAAUCUGCUAGAUGGACAGGCUGAGGUGUAUGGCAGUGAUGAUGACCACAUUCAGUUUGUGCAGAAGAAGCCACCACGUGAGAAUGAUCACAAGCAGAUCAGUAGCAGCUCCUGUGGAAGUCUUUCUCCAAAUGCUACUGUUCAGAGUCCUAAACACGAAUGGAAAAUCAUUGCUUCAGAGAAAACCUCAAGUAACACCUACCUGUGUCUUGCUGUUCUGGAUGGUGUGCUGUGCGUGAUAUUCCUGCACGGCCGGAACAGCCCGCAGAGCUCGCCCACGAGCACCCCACGGCUGCUGAAGAGUCUGAGCUUCGAGCUUCAACCGAACAACAUCAUAGAGAAGCCCAUGUCUCCAAUGCAGUAUGCUCGGUCUGGACUGGGCACGGCUGAACUUAACGGCAAGCUGAUCGCUGCAGGGGGAUAUAACAGAGAGGAAUGUUUGCGCACAGUGGAAUGCUACGAUCCGCAAAAGGACACUUGGACUUUCAUUGCACCGAUGAGAACACCCAGAGCUCGGUUCCAGAUGGCAGUUUUAAUGGGGCAGCUGUAUGUUGUGGGUGGGUCAAACGGUCACUCGGAUGACUUGAGCUGUGGAGAAAUGUAUGAGCCAGAGAUAGAUGACUGGACUCCAGUGCCGGAGCUGAGAACCAAUCGCUGCAAUGCAGGAGUAUGUGCCCUGAAUGGAAAACUGUACAUUGUUGGUGGUUCAGAUCCUUAUGGCCAAAAGGGACUUAAGAACUGUGACGUGUUUGAUCCUGUAACAAAAUCUUGGACGAGCUGUGCCCCCCUUAAUAUCCGGAGACACCAGUCGGCUGUGUGUGAGCUGGGGGGGUAUUUGUACAUCAUCGGAGGAGCAGAGUCGUGGAACUGCCUGAACAGCGUGGAGCGGUACAAUCCGGAGAACAACACUUGGACGCUGAUAGCGCCCAUGAACGUGGCUCGACGCGGAGCCGGAGUGGCUGUUCGUGACGGAAAGCUCUUUGUUGGCGGAGGCUUUGAUGGCUCGCAUGCGGUGAGCUGCGUGGAGAUGUACGACCCCGCGAGGAACGAGUGGAAGAUGAUGGGCAGCAUGACGACUCCCAGGAGCAAUGCUGGCAUCACCACGGUGGCAAACACUAUCUAUGCCGUUGGGGGGUUUGAUGGCAAUGAAUUCUUGAACACAGUUGAAGUCUACAAUCCGGAGUCAAACGAAUGGAGCCCCUACACAAAAAUUUACAAGUUUUAAGUGAAUUAAAUUCCCUUUUCAAACUAACAGGCUUAGUGAUGUAAUUGUGUUACAGUAGAGGUACACAUGUGAAUAGGGAUGGGGAGGGCAUAGAUGUUGCCAACAGCAACACAGAGCUUUUGCAUAUUGCAUAUUAAUGUGCUGUACAUAUUUGUUUUGGAAAGAAUAUCAAGAUGAAGGGUUUUUUGUGUAUUUUAGAACUUUGUCAUAGGGUUGGUUUUGUGUUUUGUUGUUUUUUUGGUUUCUUUUUAAAGAUUUUGAAGAUAAUGCAAGAGAAACUAGACCGGGCAUAUCAUUUCAGGAGCUUCCCCCAGUGUUUGUUUUGUAAGUUUGCAUGUUAAAUGACUUUUCCUGUAGGGUGUGUUCUUGAGACAGGAAGUGUAAGGUAUAUGGGGGAUCGUUUUUUUUUUUUUUUCAUCAGGCCUUGUUUUCCUUCAGUAACUGGAACAAUCUGUAACGAGAAGCCUUAUUUAAAUAGAUAUAAUGGCUAUUUUUUUUAUUAAAAAAAGCUGACAUGCCUGCCAAUACCUUAUCUUUUACAAUUGCCUUUUUAUAACAGUUUUUAUAUACUCAGCAGAGUAUUUUAUCUGUUGACAUGUAAAUGGCAGAUAAAUGGUUAUUGAAGCAAAGAGACAACCGUGGAGUUUGUAGAGAGCAAGUGGGAAAACACGUACUGCUGUACGUGAGCUUCUGCCUGUGCUGUGCGCUUGGCACUUGUUCUGCAGCCCCUUCCCUGGGGCCGGGGGGAGCGUCUCACCACAACAGGCUGCCCCUUUCUGGGCUGGGGCAAGGCAGGGGCCGCUUUCUGCACAGCCAGUUUAGUUACUAGGGGGGAGCUAACGUUUGUAAACCAAAAAACUUACAUGUGGGGUUUUUUUUCUCAUGGUUUUUAAACUCUUGCCAGUGGGCAAUGAAAAUGUAUUCAUCUGAUUAGUAAGUGUCUUAUUUUUCUAAUACUACAAGCUGAAAGUGUGGUAGAACAUAAUUAACUUGAUUUCCUAUGUGCUCAUAGUACUAUGUUUUAGUUCACUUUCUCUGUUCAGCUGGAUAAAGCGUUGGUUAGGAUGACUUGGUGUCUAAUGUGUUAGUGCUGCACAUCUAACUCCUGGUGCCAAAACUAGCACUGACUGCUUGCUGCUGCUGCAAACACAUUAAAGGUACCUUCUGGGCAAUCCUUGCACCACA